GAGAAGGUCACCCUACGCCUACGAGGGCACGCCAGCCGCUCGACGGAACCGCUACAUCUCACAGAGAGGAACCCUAGGUGCUCCUCUGCUUCUUUUAGUCGGCGGUUUCCUGGCAUUCUACGUCCUAGCGAAGAUCUUCUCCAGCUUUCUUCCUGCGGACGCCGUCCCGGACUCCUCGUGCGUUGUGGACGUCGGCUACGCGCGCUACGAGGGUAUCUGCGAAGAUGACAUGACGCGCUUUUUGGGCCUGCGCUAUGCUGCAGCGCCGGUAGGAAAUCUGCGGUGGCGUGCACCACAGCCUCCACCAUCCUCUUCAUCAGUUAUCAAGGCGGAUGCCCAGCCAAAGACUUGUGGGCAAGGUAGUCGCGGGAACAACCCCAUAGUGCCAAGCUGGGCUCAAGGCCGGCAGCAUGCCGCUCGUGCACCUAUAGAGGACUGGUCCGAAGACUGCCUCUUUCUGAAUGUUUAUGCUCCCGGCGAGCUGCAACCUGGCGCUCACUUACCCGUGCUGGUCUGGAUCCACGGCGGAGGCUACAUGCGUGGAGACGUCGCCAGCUACGACGGCAUCGAUCUCAUGCGACAAGCCGAAGGAGGACUUGUCGUUGUCGAAAUUCAGUACCGACUAGGCGUGUUCGGCUUCCUUGCGGGACACGAGAUGCAGGCGGACGGCACUGCGAACGCUGGCUUGCUUGACCAAGACUUCGCUUUGAAAUGGGUCAGGGAGCACAUUGCAAAAUUCGGCGGGAAUCCGAGCGACGUUACGGUGUGGGGAGAAUCCGCUGGCGCCGGAUCCGUCUUGCAGCACCUGAUAGCCAAUGACGGGCGUACGACACCACCGCUGUUCAAGAAAGCGAUCGCAACUUCGACCUUCUUGCCACCGCAAUAUGCAUACGACGAUGAUAUUCCUGAGGGCAUAUACAACGAAGUUCUCGCUCAAACAGGAUGCUCGGCCGCUCACGACCAUCUCCGCUGUUUGCGAAGCGCAGACGCAAAUCUCCUGUUAGCCGUCAACUACGAUAUGUCCGACGAGGCUUUCUACGGCACCUUCCUUUUCGUUCCUGUUGUUGACGGCUCCUUCGUGCGCGAGCGUCCGUCGCAGGCCUUGUCACAGGGGAAGCUGAACGCGCGGGAGCUCCUCGCUCUCGGUAUCACUUUCGAAGGUCUCAAUUUCGUGGACCCCGCGCGUCCUGAGCCCGACUCUGCGGCCUAUAUCCGCAAGAUCUUCCCAAAGAUGAGCACUGCUGACGCUCGCAGGGGGGCGGAGGUGUACCGCGACGUCGGGGAUGCGACGGAGCGAGCUGUGGCAAUCAUGGGCGAAUCGAUCUUCAUCUGUCCAGGUUAUGCGCUCAUGGGCGCUUUCGAUGCCCCGUAUAAGGGCUCAUUGGCAGUACCACCAGGGCGACAUGGACAAGACAUGCCCUACUUCUUUCCGUCCCGAAACCCUUCUUCUUCUGAACGCUUCGACAAUGCGGUUUUCCAACGCGCGUUCGUGGGCUCCGUCUUCGACUUUGCGCGCACAGGAGACCCCAACCAACAGUAUGCUGCCGGCCUCGAAGAUAUCAAGCCAACUUGGCCGACAUGGUCGCCUUCAGCGCCGACAGAGAUGCUCUUCAAUCGCACAGGGGACGAACCUGAUGUGCGAACCAUCCGUACACAAUCUGACGUCCAGGAGCGAUGCAAAUUUUGGGAGAGCGUCAGCGAGGUGGCAGGACAGUAAAUCGCACCACACGUAGGUCUCAAUAUUCCCCAGCGCAAGGUGUACGGAUAUUGUGAGCCAAUUUGCAAAUAAGCGAAGAAUAAAGACAACGGGUCGAUUGAAAGGGCAAACCGUGGCCCAGCCAAUCGGAGGCGGUCGCGUUCAAUAUGCCACCCAAUCCGCGCGCCGUCCUUAUCCUUUGCUGAUUCACGAUCCGGCUCACAAUAAUCGUGCACCUUGCACCUGUGAAUAUUGAAUCUCAGGUCUGGUGUCGAUCCGCAGUUGAAGCCCUGUAGCUUUGCGGCUGAAUUGACAUUUGUACCGUGCUCUACUCCCCAAGCAAUACUUGCGAGCAACGUC